GAGAAACUGAGUAUAAGUACAACAACUUAUCUUAACGAUAGUACGCAAGGUUUCACAAUAUAUUGUAAGUGUCAAACUUAAUUCUGUAGUAUUUAAGCGGUCUAGACGUCACACAGUAAUGUAUAUACUUAAGCAGAUACAAGGUCAAGGGUUGUUUUACUUGAUAAAAGACAAGGAGUAUGUGGUUGGACGAAAAAAUGCAGAUAUAGUAUUAGCUGACGACCAAUCAAUCAGCAGAAAACAUGCAACUAUUAGUGUUAAAGGUGACUCUGUUAUGUUAACAGACUGUGAUUCGAAGUAUGGAACUUCUCAUAAUAGCAAAAAGGUGACAUCAAAGGUUGAUGUGGUGUUGGAGCAUCAAGAUGUGAUAAAAUUUGGAAUGUAUGGUAGCAAAUAUGAAGUUGAAGUUGUCAAUGUAAUAACCGCUGCGUCUGGUUUAACGCAACAACAAAAAACUGAUUUAAAAAAUAAACUUGAUUCAUUAAAAGGUUCUCUUGUUAGUCACUGGAACAAUGCAUGUACACAUUUAACUGCACAUGAAAUAAUGUUAACUGUUAAAGUACUAAAUGCCAUAAUUGAUGAUAAACCAAUAGUGACACCUCAGUAUUGGGACGCAUUUUUAAAAAACAUAAAAGAUUCAAAACCGUUACCUAACACUGAGGACUACAAACCCCCGGUAACCGAAGCCCUAAUUAACAAAGUAAAUUUAUCGGUUAAUCCAUCCAGGAAGGUGCUAUUUAAAGGAAAAGUGUUCGUGUUUCCGACGGAAAAAAUUAAGAAGAAAAUGGCCGACCUUAUCACCAAGGCAGGUGGCCAUAGCAUCUCCUGGGAAAAACAACCCUUUUCGCUACCUGAGUUAACCAAGUCCAAAAACAAGUAUUUGUUUAUCCGCGAUGAAACGGAUGAAGUUCCUCCACUAUUAAAAGAUAUCCACACACAUCUGACAAAUUUAGGUGAACGCAUGAUUCCAAUCCAAGAAAUCGCGAUGGCGAUUGUUUUCUGCUCUUGCGAAAAAGACUGCAAUCCGAAAUUCAACCGACUUCAUAGCGUUUUUCAAAUGCAUCCGGACACCGAAUCGGAUGUUUUUUCUUUGGCACCGAACACUCCGUCGGAAGACGGAUUCUACGAAACCGGAAUUAUCAAAAAGGAAGUGAUUAUUCCAGAAUCUCUGGACGCAGAUGGCGAUUUGUUUGCAACACCAAAGCCGCCUACGCCGUUGUCUGUUACACCACGUGCUAGCACGUCCAAAGUUGCCGAAAAAGAGCUACCAAAAAUAGACAACGCAGCCAAAAAAGCACCAGAAGCUACUAAACCAGUUGCAGACAAAGCUAAAAACCCGUUUAGUCCUCCGAAUAACGUCCCUAGUACUUCGAAAAAGGGACACGCGUUUGAGAAUCCACCACCAAAAAGAGCGCGAUUGGACGAUAGUUUGACGUCAACAAAUCAAUCGACCGAAUCAGUUUCUAAAAAAAGACCAGCUGAUGAAAGUCUAACGUCUACCUCAAAGCGAACCGCGAUUUUAAUCCAAGACUCACUUUCCGAAUCCAAGAAGCGAAAAGCAGAUGAAACCUUGGGUUCUACACGGAAAAAAGCAACCAAAGCAAACCCGUUCGCGUUUUUGCGAAGACAGGAAGCAGGAAACCCUUUCGCCUCUCUUCGACUGAAGAAAGAGGUCGAUGAAGACAAUGCGGACAAUGAAUUUUUGCAAAUCCUCAACCAGCGUCCAGAGAAAGCCGCUCCAGUCGUUGCGGACGCACCGCUCGAGGUAAAACCGUUGGCGUACGACUACGUACCUUGCGACUCCUCGAACAUCAAGUGGUUGUCGACGUCCUUUAAAAGCGAGGACGGGGAUGAAAGUCUGGUCGAAAGCGAAGUCGAGCCCGAAUUUAAGGAACUGUUCGAGAAGUUCAAGAACACGGUCGUCAUAGAACCCAUUCCUGUGGCUUCGUUUCGAAUCGUGCCGCCGCGUCCUACUCCGAUCAGUCUUGACACGAGUGGAGAUAGAAAGAAUUUCAAGAAAUUCAGAAAAGUGCAGCCGCGGCAUCCGCAAACUACUAUUCUGGUGACUUCAUUGCGAGGGUCGGUUAGGGAGGAGAGUCACGUGUUGUUGUCGGAUGGUGAGGAGGAAGAUCGUGUGGAAGAACCCGUGCAGUCUGUGCCCAGACCUGCGAAGCCAAAAACUUCCAAUUCGACCUUUAAUUUUUAGAUUUGUAUUUAUACACUUGUACGUUCCUUAAAAUAUAUGAUGUUAAUAAUAAUAAUAA